GACACUGUCCAUGGUCUCAUAUCAUUUUCAUUAUUAAUGAUUGCAAUGCAUCAAGAAGUUCAAGAUAAAAUUCGUGAAGAAGUUAAUGAAAUUGUUGGUGAUGAAUUAAUCAAUGAAAAUGUUUUAAACAAUUUAACAUAUAUUGAUAUGACACUGAAAGAGAUAAUCCGACUUUUUCCUAUAACACCGUUAUUAGGAAGAGUUACAAAUGAUGAUCUAAAACUAACUUCAUAUACACUACCCAAAGGAUGCUCUAUCGCUUUGUUAGCAUUUGGAGUCCAGAGAAAUCCAAAUUAUUGGAUUGAACCAGAUAAAUUUAAUCCAGAACGUUUUACACCUGAAAACUCUAAAAAUCGACCAAACUAUGCCUACAUUCCAUUUAGCAGAGGUGUUAGAAUGUGUCCAGGCUAUAAAUAUGGACUUGCUUGUUUAAAAAUUAUUAUUUGUCAUGUUAUUCGUAACUAUGAAUUAUCGACAAGCAUGAAAAUGAGUGACUUGGAUUUGUAUAUGAAUAUAUCAAUACAUAAUCGAACUGGAUAUCCUAUAUCAAUAAAAAAAUUAAAAUCAUAAAUAUUUAUUCGAAAGUAAUUAUUUCAUAAUCUCGCCAUCUGUUUGUACGAAACGAUAAUUGAUUCUAAAAAAAAAAUAUAAAUAUGUAAUUUCUAGAAUAACUAUUUUAUGAUUUUAUCAUGUUUUUUUCUCCUACACUUAACAUUGUAUUUUGAUUGCAUUUUUCGCUAUUACUCACAGAUCACUUUUUAUAAUAUACACCAAAGUCAACAGGACAAUACUGAAUAUUGUUAAAAUGUUUUUCAACAUUAUUUUUUUGAUAGGAAACCAGCUUAUUUAUAAUUUUUUUUAUAACAUUUUUAAUUUUUUCUUAAACAUGUUAAGUCAAGGUAUUUAUUGAAUAUUUAAAACAACUUUUUUUUUGCUUAUAAUCCAAUGUUCAUAAAUCAUAUGUUGCAUUGUAUAUCAGACAUAGUAUUUGAAACAAUAUUUGGUAUACCAGGUAAAAACUAACAAUGCUCUGGAGAUAAUUCCGUAUCUCAUAUAAAAAGUUCAUGAAUUAUAAUGAUAAAAAGAUAGAAAAAUCAAAUGGACCAAUACAUUUUAUUUCAAGCGAAUAAUUGCAAUACCGAAUUGGACAUUGAUUGAAAAAAUUAAAAAUAAAAAACUUUACAAAGCUGAUGGUAAAUGGUAAACGAUAUUAGACAAAAAAGACUGAAGGGAAAAUAGUUCUCUCUAUGUUGGAUAAAGUUGCUGCGGUAAGUAGAAAAAUUCGAUUUACCAGUCGCCAAGUGAAGUUUGUGAAGUGGUUGAUGAGAUUAAGACCCCCAUUGCGAAUUGGAAGAAAUAAAACGUAAAAAAUUUAUAUUAAAAAUUGAAUAAUAAUAAACUAGUUAAAUGAAUAAACUAAAAAAAAAAAGUUAAAAGAAAAAAAAAUAACAAUAAUAAAACUAUAAAAAUCUGAUAUUAUAAAAAAAAUUAAAUAAAUUUUUAAUGAACUUAUAAUGAGGAUAGUUACAAGAAAAACUAAUGCUUACGUAAUUAAAAUUAAAUUAUUCAGAAUAAAUGUAUUUAUGCUUUGUUGCAGAAUUUUAAUUGUAGUUUUUUUUCAAUUUUUUUUUCGUCUAUUUAAAUGCUGAGACUAAAUAGAAUAUUUUUUUGAAUAAAUAAUUUAUUAAGUGUUAUGCUUUAGACACAUAAUGAUCUGCAAUAGUCUAUAAUUAUAAAUAAAAAAAUAUUUAAAACAACUGUUGACUCAAGUGUCAAUCAAUAUACAAAUAUGGAAAAUAAAAAAAAAAAAAAAUUAAUAAUACAUUUGAUGAUAAAUAAAUACUAAGUAGUUAAUAUUAGCAUAAAAAACUUGUUACAUUGAAAAAGAUAAACCGGUUUUAUUUAAUGACGGUUAAUUAUUUCUUCGAGUCAAUAAAACAAUAAAUAAAAAAUAUAAAUCAUAAAAAAAGUUAAACAAAAAAUUGAUCGAUUUAAUAAAACGAAGAUGAAGAUUAUUAAUUUUUAGACUUUUACAAUUGUAUUGUAUUGUAAAAUUUAAUUUACAUUUUAAUUGACUUAGUUAAAGGAACAAAAAAACCACAACAACUUAAGACCAAAACAAAAGAAAAACAUUAAAAGUACGAACGAGACAGAAAAUUAAAAAAAAAAAAAA